AUGAGCAUUACCCAGACGGGCGCUGGGCGCAAGGCGUCGGUUGCGAGCAAAGAUGCUAGCGCUGAUGCGGCGCUCGCGAAGAUGGGGUAUGCGAGUGAGUUGCCAAGGAAUCUAAGUAUGUUGAGUGUGCUGGGGCUUUCCUUCGCCAUCAUGGCCGUUCCCUUCGGUCUGUCGACGACUAUGUACAUCACCCUGACCGACGGCCAAUCCGUAACCAUCCUCUGGGGUUGGGUCCUCGUCUCACUCAUCAGUCUGGCCAUUGCCGCCUCGCUCGCGGAGAUCUGCGCCGUCUACCCGACCGCCGGCGGCGUGUACUACUGGAGCGCGAUGCUCAGCACGCGCGAGUGGGCGCCCAUUACGUCGUGGGUGACUGGCUGGCUGACGCUGGUCGGCAACUGGACCGUCACGCUGAGUAUCAAUUUCUCGGGCGGCCAGCUGAUCCUCAGUGCCAUUACCCUGUGGAACGAGGAUUUUGUGCCGAAUCAGUGGCAGACUGUUCUCGCGUUCUGGGCGGUCAUGCUGAUUUGUAUGGCGGUCAAUGUGUUUGGCGCGAGGUAUCUGGAUCUGAUCAACAAGGUCUGCAUUUACUGGACGGCGAGCAGUGUGGUUAUUAUUAUGAUCACAUUGCUGACAAUGGCGGAUGUCAAGCGCGAUGCGGAUUUCGUGUUCACGCAUUACGAUGCGAGUGCGAGUGGCUGGCCGAGUGGAUGGGCGUUCUUUGUUGGUCUGCUGCAGGGCGCGUACGUGCUCACGGGAUACGGAAUGGUGGCUGCAAUGUGCGAGGAAGUGCAGAACCCUGAGCGCGAGGUCCCCAAGGCUAUUGUUCUUUCGGUUGCCGCAGCGGGUGUGACGGGUGUCAUCUACCUCAUCCCCAUCCUCUUCGUCUUGCCGGACGUGCAGCUUCUGCUCCAAGUUGCCAACGGUCAGCCUAUCGGUCUCCUGUUUAAGACAGUCACUGGCUCUGCCGCUGGCGGUUUCGGCCUUCUCUUCCUGAUCCUAGGUAUCCUGUUUUUCGCCGGAAUCGGUGCGCUCACCGCUGCCUCUCGAUGCACAUACGCCUUUGCUCGCGACGACGCCAUCCCCGGAUCCGGGGUCUGGAAGAAGGUCUCGCAGAAAUACGACAUCCCGCUCGCAGCUCUGGCUCUGUCGACUGCAGUCGACUGCCUCCUCGGCCUCAUCUACUUCGGCUCAUCCGCUGCGUUCAAUUCAUUCACUGGUGUCGCCACGAUCUGCCUGUCAGCCAGCUAUGGCAUGCCGAUUCUGGUCUCGAUCAUCCGCGGUCGUCAGGCUGUGAAGAACUCGUCCUACUCGCUUGGCCGCUUUGGAUACGCGAUCAAUGUCGCCAUGGUAGCAUGGAUCUGUCUGGCUCUUGUGCUAUUCUGCAUGCCCGUCAGCUUGCCCGUUGAGCCAGCGACGAUGAACUACGCUAGUGUGGUGUUUGCUGGGUUUGCGCUGAUCAGUCUGAUCUGGUACAUCAUCCAUGGAAGGAAGCACUUUACCGGCCCUCCGGUGCCGCAGGACGUUGCGCCUGGUGAGGAGAUUGCGGUUGCUGGGCUGGCGGUGACGGAUAGUCGACAUGAGAGGAAUGGGGAUGUGGAAGCUAAGGGUGAGAAGCUGUAG